GGAUGACGCCGCCAGUAAACACAGGUGACGUGGGAGGACUCAAGACGUGGACACUGGCCGCUUAAAACUCCUCAUUUCCCAACUUAUCUCUUUAUCAUAAGUCUCAGCUGCACCUCACUACCGAACAAUGGAGUCUUCUUACAAUUCACGGUGUCCAGCUGUGAAACGGUUGUUCCGUGAAGCAAAGGAGCUUCAUGAAGCUACUGAGGAAUACUUUGCUCAGCCUCUUGAUGACAAUCUCUUCGAAUGGCACUUCACUGUCAGGGGCCCAGCCGACUCUGAGUUUGACGGGGGCGUCUACCAUGGCCGGAUAAUAAUGCCUGCAGACUAUCCUAUGAAGCCACCAAAUAUUAUAUUUUUGACGCCUAAUGGAAGGUUUGAGACCAAUAAAAAGAUCUGCCUCAGCAUCUCUGGUCAUCACCCCGAGACUUGGCAGCCAUCUUGGAGCAUACGCACUGCACUCUUGGCUAUAAUAGGCUUCAUGCCUACCCCUGCUAAUGGUACCAUCGGCUCCUUAGACUACACAGCUAAUGAACGGGCCAAGCUUGCCAAAAAGUCACUGGAGUUUGAGUGUCCUCAGUGUGGGUGUGUUAGUGCUCAGCUCAAGGAGAGGACAAGUGAUAAUAAGGAACUUCAGGAAGAAGCCAGAGAAGUCAUGGGCCAAGUUGUUGUCACUGUCAGGGUAGAAAAUAAGGAAGGAAGUGAGGAGCCAACAACACCAGUUAGUGAAGACAGUAGCAUUAAUAACAGUAGCACUGACCUCACAGCAUCCUGUAACCAACCUACUGCAGAUGCUCUUUUUGACUCUCCACCCGAGCCUCCAGCUAAUACAAAGACAGAGUCAAAUAUGCCACAAGCCACCAGUCAGAUAACACUCCCUGGCAACAGUGCCUCCGCUGGUUCUCUGUCAGCCCCGGCAGUUGAUCCAGCCCCUGAGAUACUAAUGGAAGGUAUUGCUGCACAUAAUGGCAGGAGAAAUCCUGUUUCUUCUGUUGCUGUUUCAAGUCAAGGAUAUCUAUAUAAUAUGAUAUUAACAUCGGCCAUAUUCCUCUUUAUUGGGCUAGUGAUGAGGAGAAUAUUUCUCUUGGAAGGGGAUACAUCAGAGGAACUCGAUGAUGUUCUUCUCUGAUGUGGAUGAAAUGCAUCUCUACAUCUGUGGUUGUUGCCAUACACUGAUACUCUCAUUGUUCUAUAGUAUAUAUUUCCACCACUAUGCUGUAUAUAAUGUAUCACAUUCAUACAUGAAGUUCACCUUUUCCCCUAACUGUUGUUUUUAAGAUUUCUUCAGAAGUAUUUAGCAACAAGGGGGGAGUACUGCACUGUGCUGCUACACUAAAAGUGAAGUCUAAGGGAUGCUUAUGUUCUCUUAUUAUGUUUACAGUAUUCCUGUGUAACCAGAUUCCUUAAGGAUAAUAUGUUAGUUUCCUAGUAACUGAAAAUGCGAGAAUGUACAGUCAACCAAAGAUGCAUCGACCCCACCUUGGCUCUCGUAAUUACAAUUUUACCUGGCAAUACUUGGUGAAGUAAGGCUGUACGUAAUGGGGAUUGUGAUUGGUGGAUCUAUUUUUGGCUGUAUCACUGUCAGGAUAAAUAUUAAACAAUCCAAAGGUAGAAUUUUUAUAAUAAUAAACAUUCAUUAUUUAAGAUCAUGAGAAGUUUCCAAAUGUUUGUAUAUUUACUGGUAAGUAAUGAAGAAAAUAUUAAUGAAUUGGCAGUGCAACUAUAAUCUGGGCUGUCACAAUAUUCCCACAUCAAAUUUCAAGAACACAUGUUCCACAUGUUUUUCAUGAAGGAAUUAAUUGUCUUUACAAUGUGAGCAUUAUAUAAUAUAAUUUGACCUAAGUUAGAGGGCAGACACAGUGUAAUAGACUCAACUGACACAAUAAUAGCAUGCAGUAUCCCUACACCAGUGCCACAUGGAUCACCAAGUAUUGCCAGGUAAAAUUGCAAGUAUGAGAGCCAGGGUGGGGUCGACGCAUCUUUGGUUGGUUGUACAUGACUGUGUUAGUUAAGCAACAGCAUUGAAAUUAUAGUCCAAAUUGCAGUGAAACUGCUUUGAUAAAGUAACCUACCUUUAACAACUACACUAAUAUGUUACGUUUAACAACUACACUGAUACCUUACUUUUAACAACUACACUGAUAACCCAUAUUUAAUGCAUUUAACAAAUUUUAUUAUGUUGAGGAAAAAUAAUGUGUAAACCAUAAAGAAUCUGUGAGUGUUUGUGGGUGUUGAGAGGUGAACACAUAAGGUGUGUGGACACAUUCCAGUAUUCACUUCUGGAAGUUGUUAAUAUUGUUUACUCAUUUGAUGCAUUUUGCUUAUGAAUAGUUGAGUUCUGGGUUUGGUUAUUUCGAACUACAAAAUUUGUAAAAAAAAAGUAUGUAUGAGCAGUUACCUGUAUUAUGGUAUGUAUGGUAAGUAUUUUCACAAACACAUGCUUAGAUAUAAGCAUGAUAAUGUUGUAAGUGAAGGUGCAUUGUUUGUUUCUAAUGCUUCUAUUAAUAAGAGAAAUUAUUAGCUUUCACUUUGAGUAAUUAUGAGACUACUGUGCAAAAUUUUCAGUUUCUUACUCAUUAGAACUAUUUUCCAUGUUCAAUUUGUGUAUGACAUGACUUCACUGCACAAACAAAGCAAGUGCCACAACUUGUUCACUCCUUGGACUUGACAACCAUUGUUGUCAUAUUUGGAGGUGUUUGCAGUCUGAAAUAUUUAAAGGAUUUGGGAUGA